AUGACUGCCGUAGCAAAGAGUGUUGGGCCGACGGGUAGCCUGUGUUCCGAGCCCCCUGCUAAGCGAGCUCUGAAGGACCACAAUGCGAGCGAUACUCUCUUCGAGGAGUAUGAGCGGCUUCAGCGCAGCAUUCAGACGAUUGAGCUUCGCACGAUGUUAUGCCUCACCGAAACGCACCACCUCCUCAAGGAAGAGAAUGCCGCGAAGCAGGAGGUGAAGCGAAUCCAGGCCGUCCCCUUGGUGCUUGGCAACUUUGUCGAGGCGGUUGACGCGUCGCGCGGGAUCGUGAGUGGGACCACCGGCGCGCAGUACUUCGUGAAGAUCCUCUCCACCCUCAACAAGGAGGAGCUGAAGCCGAACACGAGUGUGGGGCUGCACAAGAGCAGCAACGCCUGCGUGCAGCUGCUACCGAGCGAGACGGACGCGACCAUCUCCCUGAUGAACUCGAGCGAGCGGCCGGACGUGACCUACGCCGACGUAGGGGGGCUGGACAUCCAGAAGCAGGAGAUCCGCGAGGCGGUGGAGCUGCCCUUGACGCACGCGUGGCUGUACCAGCAGGUCGGGAUCGACCCGCCGCGCGGGGUGCUCCUCUACGGACCGCCCGGGACCGGCAAGACGAUGUUGGUUAAGGCUGUCGCGCAGCACACGAAGGCCGCCUUCAUCCGCGUGGUGGGCAGCGAGUUCGUGCAGAAGUAUCUCGGAGAGGGGCCUCGUAAGGUGCGCGAUGUCUUCCGCCUCGCGCGCGAGAACGCGCCGUCGAUCAUCUUCAUCGAUGAGGUGGAUUCAAUCGCGACGAAGCGGUUCGACGCCCAAACGGGCGCCGAUCGGGAGGUGCAGCGGGUGCUGGUGGAGCUGCUCACCCAGAUGGACGGCUUCGAUCAGGCCACCAACGUCAAGGUUAUCAUGGCGACCAAUCGGUGGGAUACGCUCGACCCCGCUCUCCUGCGCCCUGGCAGGCUGGAUCGGAAAAUCGAGUUCCCUUACCCGGAUCGGCGGCAGAAGCGUUUGGUUUUUCAGGUCUGCACCUCGAAGAUGAACUUAUCCCCUGAAGUCGACCUGGAGGAGUUCGUAGCACGCCCGGAAAAGCUCAGUGGCGCGGAUAUCCAGGCCAUUUGCAAAGAAGCUGGUAUGUCUGCGGUGCGCAAGAACAGGUAUGUGAUUCUGCCAAGGGAUAUGGAGAAGGCGUAUCGAACCGUGAUUAAAAAGACGGGUGACGAAAAGUAUGACUUCUACACAUAA